AUGGGUAACUGGGGAACAUAUCACAAGAAGUCGUGUAAAGGUGGUAAUGAACCCAAGCCUGAUAAAGGUACUACUGAAAAAUGUGGAUGCCAAGGUAAUGGUGGCACCAAUCUUAGCGCUAUUAAACUGUAUCUGCACAAUACUACUAUCAAAGCCGCCACUGAUGGUCUUGAAGCUAUUACCACAAUCAAAAUCACCAAAGGUGGUAGUGACCAUAAUGGUAACAUAGAAACAAUCAGCACUGGUACUACUCUCAGAAAAGAUGGUGGUACCCAAAUCAAGACCGAUACUCAACUCCAGGUUGGUGACAUACUAAACCUCAGUGGUCAAGGUACUGCUACUGGUGAUACGAUCACUAUUAAUGGUACCAUUAUAGUUACCAAGGCUGGAACUCUUGGAGGCACCAUAACUCUCAAAGGUCUUCUAGCUGGAACACUAAUGCUCUUGGUGGUAAUACUAGUAUCACUGUAUCCAAAAGUGGUGCUACUCUCAAUGCCACAAAUCCCAGUGAUCUUGCCCUUAAUGGUAUCACUACUGGUGGUCUUACAGGAUCUCACAUCCAUAAAUGAGCAGAUUACCAUAACAGUCAGUAAAAUCACCAAAGACAAAGUCAAAAGUCUCGAAGCUGAUAAUGAUCCACUCAAAAUAGAUACCCAGCUCAAAACUAAUGAUACUCUAAAACUCCUUGGAACUGCCACUGCCAAUACUAUCAAGAAUCUCACCGUGACUGGUACCAUCACAAUCGGUGGUAGUGGAAAUCUUGAAGGUGGUCUAAACUUCACGGGUGAUGUCGAGGGAAAUCUCCAAUUCCAAAAUGCUACUGAUGAUGGUGUCACAGUCCAGAGUGGUAGUAAUACUCUAACCCUCUCAGAUACUAAACUUACUGCUCUCAAAAAUACUAACUUUAGUCUCACUAGUGAUAAUAAACGUGCUCUUAUCUAUGAUCUGGUAACCAAAAAUACCAUCACUGUAGGAAUCAAAACCUCCUCCACCGCUAAGGUCAAACUCAGUGGUCUCUCACUAAUACCCGCAUGUAUUACUAUUACUGGUAGUAAAGGUUUAGAGGGAAAUAUAACUGAUGUAACAUUCGCCCAAAGUAAUUCCACUACUAUCAAAGAACAUACUGGACUCAAUAUGAACCUCACUAGUCUAACCACUGCCAAUGUUGAGAUAACCAAAAUCAAUGUUAAGAGUCUCACCAGUGGCAAUAAUCUCCAGACCAGUACAGAACUCGCCAAAAAUGACACACUAAACCUCACCAUCACUGGUGGUACCAAUACCACCCUCACUGGUACUAUCACUGUCACCAAAAAAGGAAAUCUCAGUGGCAACCUAUCUCUUGCUGGCGGCAUCACUGGAUCCAUCAGCGGUCUCAGUGAUGCUAGUGGUAGUGGAACUCUCACCGCCACCAAUGUCAGCAUCACUGAACUAAAGUAUGAUUCCUAUGAGUUCCAUGUCAAUCAUCAAGCUACUCGUUGCUGUUACUGGGGUGGUAAACAUAUACCUCCAUGGUUCGGCCCAGCUACAUCCGAUGCUGUUACCAAAGCCAAUCUUAAUCUAAAAGAUCUUAAAAUGGACCUAGAAUUGUAA